UGUAGAGCAAAGGUACGGAUUUCUGUCCUGCAAUGGCAAUGGCCGGUGAGCCGAUAAAAAGCUUAUUGCAUUCCAACCUCAAGAAUUCGUUAACGGCUUAGUAUCCUGCUACGCCAAAUGGCCCUUUGUACAGGCAACCACCAGUUCUACUUACUUCCCCCCGCCAAAUCCAGACCCCUCCUUAACCCCUUUCUACCUUCCUCCUUCACCUUCCCAAACCCACCUACCACGUACGGCGUCUCUCCUCCCAAACCGCUCUUCUGCCGAGCCGCCGCCACUGCCACCGGCGACACUGAAACUCUACCCCAAUCCGCCAUCCAAAGGAUUGCCGAAAAGCUUCGCGGCCUCGGCUACGUCGAAGAUGAUAAGGAUGAGAACAAAGAUGAAGAUAAGCUUCCAAAGAAUGGGCCCUCCCCGGGCGAAAUCUUUGUUCCGUUGCCUUCCCAGUUGCCGAAGUACCGGGUCGGGCACACUCUUGACCCGAGUUGGAGCACGCCCCAGAACCCAGUCCCCUUACCCGGCUCGGGGAAUGCGAUUCAGAAGUAUCACGAGUUGAGGAGGGGCGUGAUUAAGGAGAGGAUUGAGGAGAGGAAGAAAAGGGAGACAGUGCCCACCUUGGCGGAGCUCAAUUUGCCGGAGGAGGAGCUGAGGAGGCUGAGGACACUUGGUAUUCGGUUGCAGAAGAAGUUGAAGGUUGGGAAGGCCGGGAUCACGGAAGGGAUUGUGAAUGGGAUUCACGAGAGGUGGAGGAGGUAUGAGGUGGUCAAGAUCAGGUGUGAGGAUAUCUGUAGGAUGAAUAUGAAGAGGACUCAUGAGUUGUUAGAGAUGAAGACUGGAGGCUUAGUAGUUUGGAGAUCUGGAACUAACAUAGUGCUAUACAGAGGAGCUGAUUACAAGUACCCUUAUUUCUUUUCUGAUGAUAAUACAGCAAAUGGCUCUUUGCGUGAAGAAGCUUCAGUUGAUUUUCGGAUGGAUUACAGAGAGGAUAAUGAAAAGAAGGCUUCUUCAUCUGGUGGGAAUGCCCUGAGAUCUUCUGUACCUAAGUCACUCGGCAAAGUAUCUCAUCCACCUCUAAUACAAGGUGUAGGAACUCCAAAUAGAGUACGAUUCCAACUGCCUGGUGAGGCACAACUUGCUGAAGAGGCUGAUCGCCUGUUAGAAGGACUUGGUCCCCGGUUUACUGAUUGGUGGGGGUAUGAACCUUUACCUGUUGAUGCUGAUUUUUUACCAGCAGCAGUUCCUGGAUAUAGGAGACCAUUUCGUCUGCUUCCUUAUGGAGUGAAACCUAUAUUAACAAAUGAUGAAAUGACAAUUUUACGGAGACUUGGUCGGCCUUUACCAUGCCAUUUUGCCCUAGGCAGAAAUAGAAAACUUCAGGGCUUGGCUGCUGCAAUUAUUAAGCUAUGGGAGAAAUGUGAAAUUGCCAAAAUUGCUGUUAAAAGAGGAGUCCAGAACACCAACAGUGAAUUGAUGGCUGAGGAACUAAAGAACCUAACUGGGGGAACCUUGCUUUCAAGAGAUAAGGAAUUCAUUGUCCUGUACAGAGGAAAGGAUUUCUUGCCAGCUGCAGUCUCUUUAGCAAUUGAAAAGCGGAGGAACUAUGGGCUUGAUGGUGAAGAAAAGGGAGCAGACAAAAGUUUUACUACAGUGAGCUCAAAAGACCAAAGGCUGGGGACCUCAGAAAAUUGUAAUGGAGAUGAAAAUAAUGGUAAAGAGGACCAGAAACUUGAACUUGCCUCCAAGCGAAGGCAUCGAAGCUCAACAGAAGCAGCAAUUGAGAGAACUACUGCCAAAUUAUCCGAGGCACUAGUGAAGAAAGACAUGGCAGAGAAGCUUCUUGUAGAGCUGGAGAAGGAAGAGACCACCCAAGAGCCAGAAGUUGAUAAAGAAGGUAUUACAGAAGAAGAACGAUAUAUGCUGAGAAAAAUUGGCUUGAGAAUGAGACCUUUCCUGCUUCUGGGAAGACGAGGAGUAUUUGAUGGAACAAUCGAAAAUAUGCAUCUUCACUGGAAAUACAGAGAAUUAGUGAAGAUUAUAACCGGGGGAAGAAGUAUUGAGGAGGUCACUGCAAGAGCACGAACACUGGAGGCAGAAAGUGGCGGAAUUUUAGUAGCAGUUGAACGGGUUAGCAAAGGUUUUGCUAUCAUUGUAUAUCGUGGAAAGAACUACAGUCGCCCUGCUUGUUUGAGGCCUCGCUCGCUUCUAAGCAAAAGAGAAGCAAUGAAACGUUCUUUAGAGGCACAACGUCGUGAGUCUCUCAAAUUACAUGUUUUGAAGCUUACACAGAAUAUAGAUCGGUUGAAGCUUCAAUUGGCCAAAGAAAAGGGUACAAACAAGACGGACUUGGCUGAAGAAUUAAAACUCAAAUUGGACAAAGAGCAGGAGCCAGACAAGUUCCAUUCAUCAAAAAAUAAAAUGUCCCUUGCUAGUCCUGAACUCUCUUCCCAAUCAUUGUCAACGAGCCAUUAUAAUGAACAGACACUUGGUGUGACACGCACUUCCGCCAUUGGUACUAUGGAGGCUAGACUUGGUGGCACCAAAGCUAUGCAGUCCCCUGCUGAUUCCAUGAAAACUGAGCUGGAUUCAUCAGUUCAUGUAGUUAAGGAAAGUGGCUGCAAUGCAAUACCUGUUAGAGCUAAAAGCCUCUCCAAUAGAGACAGGCUACUUUUGCGGAAACAAGCGCUGAUGAUGAAAAAGCAUCAUGUGUUUGCCAUAGGGAAGAGCAACAAGGUUAGUGGACUUGCUGAAGCAAUCAAGGUCCGCUUCCAAAAGUACCCUCUUGCUAUAGUGAAUGUAAAGGGCAGAGCCAAAGGGACUUCUGUCCAGGAGGUGGUCUUCAAGCUGGAGCAAGCCACUGGGGCUGUGCUGGUGUCUCAAGAACCAAGUAAAGUCAUACUGUAUAGGGGUUGGGGAGCAGGAGAGCCAACAACUACCCAUGGUAGCCGGGAAAGUACUACAGAUUCGAGAUACUUUUCAGGCAGAGAGGGUAGGACUCCGCAUGCUAUACCUCACGAUCUUAUGUCAGCGAUCAGGCUUGAAUGUGGUUUGCAGCCUUACAACGAGAAAGAAUCCCCUUCUUAGGCUACAUCUCUCGUUGAUUUUUGUAGCUUAGUUGGAAUGCAUCGGUUUUGACACGCAUUUGAUCUGGCAACCGGGCUUUCUGCACUAAUUGCAAAAUCUCGGCUAUGGAGGCGUCCUGUUAAACCUGAAUAUGAAGCAGACAUGCAGAGCCCUCUUUCGGUGGGAAUCUCAACUAAUCUGAACUUUAUUUGACCGUGGCUUUUCUUAUUGUUAUUCAGCAGUAGCCACGGAAUUUGCUAAAACGAUAAAAUAAUAUAGGAAGCCCUCUCUGACUCUCGCUCAGGUUGGCAGUCGGAACAAUGGGAAGGUAGCCAUGCUCCUGCCACUUCCAACUUGAACACUGGAAGACUUUUUGUUCUUGGGGUCCCAACUCCAUAGCGGAAGGGAAAACCUGAUGGCAUUCUAUGAUGUUGAUUCAGGUUUAAGGUUCAGUUUCUGUAAAAUUCAGGUUGUAAUUAAAUUUUAUCUAUUUGAUUUUGCAAUGGGUGUGAAGUCAUUAUUUUUAAAAUAAAAAAUAAAAAAUAUA